AGCUGUUUUGUGAUUCUUGCUGACAUCGUCGACUGUAAAUUCAUUACUGGUGCUACUUGGGGAGAACGGAGGGAAAUUUCCGUAGCAACAGCCGACGAAAGCCUCUUUCCAUUGCACCGAAGAAUGACUACGGCUCCCACUGUUUUUUCAAGGCACACGAAGAGCUAGCCAGCUAGCAUUCUCUUGUAGCUAGUAAGAGACAGUUUGCCAGUUGGCUAUUUUUAUUUUAUUCUCACGAAGCAGCCGCCAUUUCAGGCUUUAAAUUACACUAUUAACUUCCUCUGGUGUGUAUCAGGUCCAGAAAUAGUAUGUCAACGACAGUGAUACAAUAGCGGAUACUGUAAAAUAGAUAUGUGUUUAGAAAAUAUCUGGUAUUAGCCUGCAGCGCGCAAAUACAUCUAAAUAAGGCAAUAGAGGUCCCAGCAACUAGCUGGCUAACACAGCUAGCUUAUGCAGCUAGCUAGCUACAUCUGACAGGUAAACAAAAGGAGCAUCGCUUACAGAAAACACAGCACGGUGGAAAGGCGUGCGUGCCCUUGCAGUGUGUCUAACUGUUUGGCUGAACGCGACCAUUGACCAUGUCUCACGGAAAAAGGAAAGAGAUCUACAAAUACGAGGCACCAUGGACUGUGUACGCUAUGAACUGGAGCGUUCGCCCAGACAAGCGCUUCCGUCUGGCGCUUGGCAGCUUCGUGGAAGAAUACAACAACAAGGUUCAGCUGGUUGGUCUGGAGGAGGAGAGCUCAGAGUUUGUGUGCAGGAACACCUUCGACCAUCCGUACCCCACCACCAAGAUCAUGUGGAUCCCUGACACCAAGGGGGUCUACCCAGACCUGCUGGCCACAAGUGGGGACUAUCUACGCAUCUGGAGAGUGGGAGAGACAGACACGCGUCUGGAGUGCCUCCUGAACAACAACAAGAACUCAGACUUCUGUGCCCCUCUGACGUCCUUCGACUGGAACGAGGUGGACCCCAACCUGCUGGGCACGUCCAGUAUCGACACCACCUGUACCAUCUGGGGACUGGAGACGGGCCAGGUGCUGGGACGGGUCAACCUGGUCUCGGGUCACGUCAAGACACAGCUCAUCGCCCACGACAAAGAGGUGUAUGACAUUGCGUUCAGCCGUGCGGGCGGCGGCCGCGACAUGUUUGCGUCGGUGGGUGCGGACGGCUCGGUGCGCAUGUUCGACCUGCGGCACCUGGAGCACAGCACCAUCAUCUACGAGGACCCCCAGCACCACCCCCUGCUGCGGCUCUGCUGGAACAAGCAGGACCCCAACUACCUCGCCACCAUGGCUAUGGACGGAAUGGAGGUGGUGAUCCUGGACGUGCGUGUGCCCUGCACCCCGGUGGCCCGGCUGAAUAACCAUCGUGCGUGUGUCAACGGCAUCGCCUGGGCCCCCCACUCCUCAUGCCACAUCUGCACAGCAGCGGACGACCACCAGGCGUUGAUCUGGGACAUCCAGCAGAUGCCGCGUGCCAUCGAGGACCCCAUCCUGGCCUACACGGCCGAGGGGGAGAUCAACAACGUGCAGUGGGCCUCCACCCAGCCCGACUGGAUCUCCAUCUGCUACAACAACUGCCUGGAGAUACUGCGGGUGUAAAAGGAGAAUGGAGAUUGUGGUGUGUGUGUGUGUGUGUGUUGCGUGUGCGUGUGUGUGUGAGAGAGAUAUCAACAAUAUUCUGUGGCCAGCCUCCACAGAGCCAGACUGGACUCUUCAUUGUACACUGAACUUUUUUCAAAAAUGUGCACACACACACACACACACACACACACACGCGCGCGCGCACACACACACACACCGAGAAAUGCAGUUACCUCCUUAUUUUUAUUGUACGUAGCUCUUUGCGUAUUUCUCUCUCUCUCAUUCUUUCUCCCAUUUCCUUGCUGUUUUCCCUUCUAUAUUUCUCUUCACUUUGCAACGUUUCUGCUGUUGUCCUUUUCGGAUGCGUCUCUCUUCCUCUCCCAUCUUCUUCCAGUCCGCCCAGUCUUGUACUGUACAUCUCUCUCUCGCUCG